AUGAGGGGUCCCUGCGAGAAGUCUGGGGAGAGUGAAGAGCAGGAGAAAGAGGUGGCAGCGGAGGCUCCAGCAGCUGUGCGCUCUGCAGGGGUCCCGGAGGCUGAGGAUUCAGACACAGAUUCGGACUCUAACCUGGAGACAGAAGGCACCCAAGAGCUCAGAGAACCGGUCAAGGAUACCCUCUACCUGAGGUCUUGCCAGGCCCAUGGUGUUGUGCCUGUUUCCCGCUUUCUGCGCCAAGGGAGAGCCCCAGAGCUGAACCUGCGGCACCGUGGCCUGGGGCCCCAGGGGGCCCGGGCUCUGGCUCCUGCGCUAUCCCUCAAUCCCUACGUCAAGCGGCUGGACCUUCGGGACAACGAGCUCUGUGGGGCCGGCGCAAAGGCCCUGGCGCGGGCUCUGAGCAAAAGCAGCAGCAUCUGUGAUGUGGACCUGUCAGAGAACCAGCUGGGAGCGGUGGGAGCCCAGGCCGUCUGCGCUGCCCUCGUGGCAAACCCUGCCAUACAGAAGGUACAGCUGGCAGGGAACAGCCUGGAGGAGCAGGCAGCCCGGUACCUUGCUGAACUCCUGCUGGCCCACACGGGCCUGAAGUCCCUGGACCUGAGCUAUAACCAGCUAAAUGACCAAGCAGGAGAGACGCUUGGACCAGCCCUGGCAGAAAACACAGGACUCACUGAGCUUAACAUAAGCUGGAAUCAUCUUCGAGGCCCAGGAGCGGUCUCCUUUGCCAGAGGACUGGGGGCGAACAUCUUCCUGAGAGUCCUGGACAUCUCAUUCAAUGGCUUUGGAGACCCAGGAGCCUCUGCAGUGGGUGAGGCACUUCGGACCAACAAUGUGUUGGAGGAACUCAACAUGAGCAACAACCGCAUCUCUGCGGUGGGAGCCCGGAGCCUGGGCCGGGGCCUCCGGGUCAACAAGACACUGAGGAUUCUUGCUAUGUCCAGGAAUCCCAUGCGAAGUGAAGGCUGCUUGGGUGUCCUCAAGUCUGUCCGGGAUAAUCCAGUGUCUGCCCUGGAACUGCUGGAUUUCUCUGAUAUCCAGGUGAACAGAGAGUUUGAUGAUCUCGCUAGCUCAGUGAAGGUAACUCUUCCAGGGCUUUGCAUAAAGACUGAUGUCGGCAGAGUGGAAUACAAAAAAGAGUUACUGGGGGUCUUGAGACCAUCCCUACCAGCGUCUGUCCCUAAAUGA